AAUCCGAUCCAGUAGAGAGCGCUAAUGCACUACAGAAGUGGGGGUGAAACAGGUUUACGGCUGACGAAGAAGAGCAUGCGCCAGGGAGAGCAACAAGAAGUUCAAAAUGGGGCUUGAAAGUACUAUGGUCUGUGUGGACAACAGUGAGUAUAUGAGGAAUGGAGACUUCCUACCCACACGUCUACAGGCUCAGCAAGAUGCUGUCAACAUCGUUUGCCACUCCAAAACACGGAGCAACCCAGAGAACAACGUUGGACUCAUCACCAUGGCAAAUAACUGUGAAGUCCUGACCACGUUGACCCCAGAUAUGGGUCGAAUCCUGUCCAAACUACAUGCUAUCACACCCCGUGGCAAUAUCUGCUUUUGUACUGGCAUCAGAGUGGCUCAUUUGGCGCUCAAACACAGGCAGGGGAAAAACCACAAGAUGAGGAUUAUUGCCUUUGUUGGAAGCCCAGUUGAGGACAACGAGAAAGAUCUUGUCAAACUGGCCAAACGUUUGAAAAAAGAGAAGGUCAAUGUGGAUAUCAUCAACUUUGGUGAAGAGGAGUUAAACACAGAGAAGCUGACUACUUUCAUCAACACCCUGAAUGGGAAAGAGGGAACGGGCUCUCACCUGGUCACCGUUCCUCCAGGCCCCAGCCUCGCCGACACACUGCUGUCCUCACCCAUCCUGGCCGGGGAGGGUGGUGCCAUGAUGGGGCUCGGGGCCAGCGACUUUGAGUUUGGCGUGGAUCCCAGUGCUGACCCAGAGCUGGCGCUGGCGCUGCGCGUGUCCAUGGAGGAGCAGAGACAGAGGCAGGAGGAGGAGAGCCGUAGAGCAGCGGUGGCCUCUGUGACAGACGGCAGCAUGCCUGUGUCAACACCAGAGGAACCAGAAGAGGCUUGGCUGAAGACGGCCGAGGCGCAGCCAGAGGCUGGCGUCAAGGCGCUCCCAGACUUCAGCAGCAUGACGGAGGAGGAGCAGAUCGCUUACGCCAUGCAGAUGUCUCUCUCCGGAGGAGAAUACGGGGAGAUGGAUACCGCAGCCGCGAUGGACACGACAGAAACAGCCAAGGAGGAGGAUGACUAUGAUGUGAUGCAAGACCCAGAGUUCCUUCAGAGUGUCCUGGAGAAUCUCCCGGGUGUAGACCCUAACAACGAGGCCAUUCGCAACGCCAUGGGCUCCCUGGCCUCCCAGACAGGAAGCCAAAAGGAUGGCAAGAAGGACGAGGAGGAAAAAAAGAAAUAAGGAAGCAAGCAAUGAGAGCUCUCCUGGCUGGAGGCCCCAAACAGUCAAGAUGAAACACGAAAUUGCGAGAUAAAACAUGAUAUUGCAUACUACCGCAGGUUAAUGAAAAUAUACAUAUAUAAAUACUGUUAUUACUUUGGCCUAGCCCACUCCCUUGCAUUACAUCUGUUGCUUUAUUUUCUAUAUUCGGAAUGGAAUUGGUUGGACAACCAGUAAAAUAACCACCAUAACAUAGUAUUUGUGUAUUGAAUCUGGAGUAUACAGUUGACAAACCCAAUAAUAUCUAGGGGUUUAAGUAUAUCGUGGCCUACACCGAUAGCCUUUUGCUUUCUUUACCUGAAGUGUACAGGCUGUCAUACCAAAUUUAGGUAAUAUUGUAUUUAGGAAUACCAAAAUUCUGACGUAAAUUUUUCCUACUUACUUAGUUUUAUUUUGCAAUAAAAAUGUGUAUUGAAUUAUU